UAAAAUAAGGCUCCCUGUCAACUGACACAACGGCGAAGAGAUAUUUCGGCGUGAUGCGCUUCCUUCUAGCAAAUGUCGAAAAUACAUGCCCUGCCCAGAGCAAAGAAUGAGCGCGGCCGCCCCAAACAUGAGAUGACAGGGAUUUCAGCCAGCCUUCAGAGCCAUAGGCCUGGGCGCCCACGACUGCACCCGCAAAGUCACGAGUCCGAAGCCCAGAUACCCAACAUCAGUGUGGCAAAUAUGACACGACAACAAACACGCUGCCAGAGGAUUAAUGCAAGGCUAUCUUACUUGGUAUUCUCGUAUCAUACAAGAUCCUAUCUAAUCACGCGCACACAUUGUUCCAUUGUGUGAUAGCUUCAUCCGCGA